CAGAAGAGACGGAAUAUGAAACCAGAGACAAACAGAUCACAGAGCCUGACACUCCCAGUUUGUUAGAAAUGAAACAGAAACAAAACCUCUCCCUCCAAACAACAGUGAAUGCUUCAUACUACCCCUUCCAAGGAUCUCCUCUGGCGACCCACGAUAACCUGUCAAUUCUAACUGCAAACACCACACUCACGCUGCCCCGAGCAUGGGGGACACUGAGGCUUUCCAGUUUCCAGUGGCCCUGGAGUGGGAUCUGGGCCCUGAGAAGCUGAAGGAACUGAAGAACAAGCUACUUUUGUAUUUCCAGAGCAAGAGCAGAUCAAAUGGAGGGGAAUGUGUGAUCAAGGACCUCGACUGCACCCAGGGAUAUAUCCUCAUCCACUUCAGACAAGAAACAGCUAUGCAGCAGGUUUUGCAGAAAGAGAAUCACAAACUGACAUUAUCUGGUGGAAAGAAACUAAAGUUAAAUGUCAGACAACCUGGGGCAAUUCAUCCAGAUCAGGACAAGGCUGAAAAUAAUCAACAAUCUCAAGAAAGUCUCCAAAACCUUGUUGCAGAGCAAGUGCCCCAGGAACCAAAUACAGGAUCGAAUGAUUCCCUACCUCCUGUGAUCCUGAUUGGGAAUGUCCAGGUCUCCUCUUCUCUUGAGAUGUUAAACCUCCUGGUGGAGAAUGUCAGCAGCAAACAAGAGGAUUUAGACUUCCACGUAGAGAUGAUUCCUGAGAUCUGCUCUGCUGCUCUCACCUUCACUUGUAACGUUGAUAUCCCCAGCUUUUUGGAUGACUUCUCCAGAAAUCACAGGGUGAAACAAUUCAAACUCACAGCAAAGUCUUUGGAGGACACUAAUAUUAUCAGGGCAGAGAAUCUGCCCCCAAACACAUGCGAGGAUCACCUGAUAAUUUACUUUGAGAGUUCACAGCAUGGAGCAGGCAGAGUUGAGGAUGUUGUACUUAUUCCAGAAGAGGAUGCUGCAGUAAUAACAUUUCCUGAUACAAGAGCUGCCAAGAUGGUGAUGGAGAAACAGCAUGUGUUUGGGAAGAGGCUGAUUUCAGUGUAUCCAUUCUACGAGUCCCCAGGCAUAACUCUAUAUGGGAAGAAGGGACCAUGUGUAACAUUACCCGAACCUCUGGAGGUGCCAAUCAGUCCUUAUGUACUGGAAUUCAUACUGGGAGAAUUACAGAUAAAAGACAACAUAGACAAAAAGAUGGCAGAUAAGAAUUGUGACAUCACAUGGCCAGAUCCAAACUGCCCUAAUCUCACCAUUAAACUCUCCAUUCCCAGCUCCAUAUCAUCUCAUUUCAGGACAAUGGCAAAGAUUGUACGGACAUGGAACGAUCAGGUUUACACUGAAUUCUCCCUUAUUAUUUCCAAGUUUAAAGCUGCAGAAUACAAAAUUAAUCCAUCAGUUUGGGAAGCCAUCAAAGGAGAAGUCAGCAGCCCAACAUAUGAGGAAGUUUUGGUCAAACCAGACCUUGCCAAACAGAAAGUCUUCCUUGCAGGACUCUCCAAGGAUAUUACUAAGAUAGAAGAAACCUUUAGAGAACUGAUAGAAAAUACCACCCAGGAGAUUUAUAGACAAAAUGAAAGCUUGGUUAAAACCAUGCCCCUCUCUCCUGCUCUCUAUGAAAUCAUGAAAAGAAGUGGCCUUGAGAAGAGCCUACAGAAAUCAUUUCCAAAGGUAAAGAUCUCCUAUGAUGUAGAAAGAAAGAAUAUUGAGCUCUAUGGGCUGAAAGAGGAAGUGUUUGGAUCACAAUGUGAAAUACUAAACUUGGAAAAAGGUUUCAAAAGCAAACCCAUUACUCUUGAGGAUCACAUGGUAAAAUUCCUGAUCGCAGCAGGGCAUGAAGAACUCUCAUGUUUUCUCUUUAUACAGCACAAUAUUAAAACAAUGUUUAAGAUUGAGGAUGAUAAAGUCAGUUUGAUUGGAUUCUCCAUAAAAGAUCUGUCAGAUGCAGAAGAACAAAUGAGAUGUGAGUUAGACUGUAAGCAACUUACUGUUGAAGACAAGAUGAUUAUCCAAAAACCUGAAUGGAAAAGUUUAAAGGAACUUGUGCAUGGAACAUUUAAUGCUGAGACACAAACCAUUGUGAUUGAGGAGUUUCCCAGAGCAGCAGAGAAUCAGGUGGUUAUUGCUGGUCUGGCUCCCAGUGUAGGGAUCGCUUCCCAACAGAUCCAUGACUUUCUAGAGAAAAACACUACUAUACAGAAGGAAAUCAAGGUAAAAUCGGUAGCGGUCAUGCAGUUUUUCAUGGAGAAGAAGGAGCAGGAUGUGAAAAAAAUAAAAAAGAAUAUUGAGCUUGAGAUGAAGCACAGGACUAUCUCCAUGUGGGGUCCAAGACUAUACGUUCAAGAAGCAGCUGGAUUUAUAGAAAAUGUAUUGUCUUCUCUGCACUGGGAUGUACUGCAGAUUAGGAAGCCUGGAGCCAAGAAGUUCUAUGUGAGGAACAAAGAGAUGCAUGUUACUACCGCAAAGAAUAAAUACAACUGUGUGAUACACUUACAAGAAGAUGGAGAAGAUGGAUUUAUUUCUGAUGUGACAUGUGAAGGUGUACUACAUUAUCAAGUGAAUCUGCCAGGUGAAGUGACUGUUGCAGUCUAUAAAGAUGACCUGACCCGUCACUCUGUAGAUGUUGUAGUUAAUGCAGCCAAUGAAAAUCUGAUGCAUGUUGGGGGACUGGCAAUGUCCCUAUUGAGAGCUGCAGGACCCAAACUGCAAACUGAUUCUGAUCUCAUUAUUAAAGCACAAGGGAGGUUAUCGACUGGUGAGUCAGUGAUUACAGAUGCUGGGAAUCUGCCAUGCAAACAGGUUAUACACACUGUAGGGCCUAUAUGGAACUCAAACUGUCCAGGAAAAUGUGAUCGGCAGCUCCGGAAAGCAAUAACUAGUGGCUUAGAUCUGGCUGCACGUAAAGGACACAGGUCCAUUGGGAUCCCAGCUCUCAGCUCAGGGAUUUUUGGAUUUCCAUUAAAAAGAUGUGUGGCCCAUAUCCUCGAGUCGAUUAAGGAAUAUGUGGAGGAUAACUCUGCACACAGCAGCAUUAAACAAAUCCAUCUCGUUGCUCAUGAUUCAACUACAGUCCAGGCCUUUACAGAUGCUCUCAGAGCUGGAUCUGAAAAGCAGAAUGUUGGAUCAGCACCGAAAGCAACAAGUGUCGUCUCAGUUAAUAAACGUGAGAAGUCACCAGCCAGAGUCACCAACUCUCAGCAAGAGACUGUAACAACCAAGGAGGGGCUUAUCAUUAAGAUUAUCCAGAAGGCGAUUGAAGACUCCACUACUGAUGUCAUUGUGAACAGUGUGGGGCAGACGCUCCAACUAAAAGAUUGGCAGAUAAGCAGAGCCUUGUCCAGGCGGGCUGGACCUCAACUACAGCAGCUCCUGUUGGAUAGCAGCCAAGGGGCAUCAGUGCAAAUUGGAUCAGUACUCUCUACUGACAGCUGUGACCUCAAGUGUGCGAAGGUUCUUCAUGUUGUGAUGUCACAAUCGGACCGCAGGAUAGGAGCAUCUGAGAGGGUACUCAGGAGAAGUAUAAAAACCUGCCUGAAGCUGACUGAACAAUACGGCUUGCAAUCAAUAUCAAUUCCAGCUAUUGGCACAGGAAAACUGGGUUACCCUAAGAAUCUGGUGGCAGGCACAAUGUUUGACACAAUUUCAGACUUCAGUGCUAAUUCACAAAGUCUCCAAGAAAUAAAUAUUGUCCUUCACCCGAAAGAUACAGAGAAUAUCCAGGUAUUUACCACUGAACUUCGCAAGCGCUGCAGCGAGGAUUCCUCUAGUGAAAAAGGCAUACAUUUUGCUUCCAGAACAGCAUCAACAGCAUCUAAUUUCUUUGGAACAGUGACAAGCCCAACACUCGGGGUCCAUGAGAUGAGAAUUGGCCCUAUUACCUACCAGGUGAAGACCGGAGACAUCACCAAGGAGAAUACGGAUAUUAUUGUGAAUUCAACCAACAAUACCUUCAACCUCCAAUCAGGGGUCUCCAAAGCAAUUCUAGAUGCAGCGGGACCAAGUGUAAUUUUAGAAUGUCAGCAGCUUGGGUUGAACCCUUCCUCCCCUUCUUCCACUUCUUCAGCAAUGGGUAGGAUGCUUGCAGUCCUCUCCGCCUCUGCAAUAAAUGGGCAACAGUCUCAGACAAGCUACAUCAUGACUCAAGGUGGGAACCUUCAGUGCAAUAAUAUCAUCCAUGUGGUAGGACAGACAGACCCAAAGUGUAUCCAGGAAUGUGUCCGGGACCUCCUGCAGGAGUGUAACAGACUGCAAAUGACUUCAGUUGCCUUUCCGGCCAUGGGAACAGGUGCGGGAGGUGUUGCUGCCAAUGUGGUCGCUGAUGCCAUGUUGGACGGAGUUGAGGAUUUUGUCAAAGCGCAAGCAGCACCGUCCGUUAAGACUGUCACAAUCGUAAUAUUCCAACAGCCCAUGCUCAAUGACUUCUAUACGAGUAUGAAGGGAAAGGAAGGGACAGCUGUGUCUCAGCCAAAAUCCACUUUCCGCAAAUUAUACUCUUUGGUUCUACCAGCCAAGAAGAAGCCCAUCCAGAAGUUGACGGCAUUUCAAUUAACUGAUAAUACUGAUCCAGCCAUUAUACACCUCUGUGCGGCCGCUAAGAAGGAUGUCACUGAUACCAGGAAGUGGCUUGAGAAACUGAUUGUAGAAGAGCAGUGUGAGAAUGAUCUCCAGGAGGAGUGGGUCGCUGAUUUUGAAGAAACUGAGCGGCAGACGCUAUCAGAUUUACAGAAGAGGCUCCAGAUCUCUAUAGAGUAUGAACCUUCCACUCCUUCUGUGAAGGUCUCAGGCCUCACCAGGGAUGUUAUGGAGGCAACCAAAGAAAUCCAAGGAAUGAUAAAGCAAAUAAGGGACAAGAAAACCAAGGAACGUGAGGCGGAGCUGUUCAGUAACCUGGUGGAGUGGCAUUACCACGAUGGCAGGAGAAUGGUCCCAUUUGAUAAACUAACAAACCUAAAACUAGAGGAGGCGGCAAGUGAGAACCAGAGUCUUGUUACUGUGAGAGUGAAUGGAAUGGAACUCACUGUCGAUAUAGGAAAUAGAUCUGCUACAGACCCUCACGGAAACACCAAGGAGAUCAGUCGGGUGGCGAAACAUGAAGGAGAAACUCUGACUUUACCUUCUACCUGGGAUCCAAUGGGGAGACAGCAAGUUAUUGUGGUACCAUUGGCCGUUGGCACCCAAGAAUACACUAGUGUCAAGGGGAAGUUUGCUCAGACCUGCACCAGGACAAUCCAUAAGAUUGAGCGGAUUCAGAACCAAGCUCUUUGGCAAAACUAUCAGAUCAAAAAGAAACAACUUGACAACCAAUAUGGCAGCACCAACAAUGAAAUGCAGCUUUUCCACGGCACCGAUCAGAAUACAGUGAGAAAUGUCAAUCACAACGGGUUCAACCGCAGUUUUGCUGGAAGGAAUGCAACAGCAAUUGGCAGUGGGACAUAUUUCGCAGUGAAUGCAAAUUACUCUGCACAGAGCACUUACUCCAGACCUGAUGUGAAUGGGCUCAAACAGAUGUACCUGGCGAGGGUACUGACGGGAAAGUAUUGCCAAGGUCAACAUGGAAUGAUUACUCCUCCUGCCAAGAAUCAGUCUGAUCCAACUGAUCUGUACGAUAGUGUAACAGAUAAUACUGCCCAACCCUCCAUGUUUGUGAUCUUCAGUGAUAUCCAGGCCUAUCCUGAGUUCCUCAUCACCUUCUCAUGAGAAGCCUGGGGCUAACUAGGGACACAUUUUGCACUUUAUUCAGUUGGAGGGGCCUUAGUAUUCCAGGGUCCCCUCAAUGCUUCAAAAAACAAAAAUAUUACAGAUAUAUUAACAGUUGUGACUAAUCAGCAGCUAAUCUGAUUUUCAGGGGAUAUCUGUCCAAUAGAACUGGCAGAACUGACUGGUGCUUACACUGCCUGUACAAUUAAAGAACCAGGGGCAGGUCAGGCUCAUGCUGGAUUGGUGCAGAAUACACAGAGCCUGCUCCUCCUGUUAUAUUUUGGUGGAUUUGGUUGGUGAUGGGGGGGUCACAA